GCGAUUAAUUCGAAUAAUACGUAAAUAGUAACUAAUAACUAUACAGAACGUCAAGCACUACUACACAGUACAUACCACUAUUUUGUGCUACGAAUUACAACUACAACUACUGAGUCUUGACUGCUGGGUAGUUUUUAUUUGAUUAGCGUAUUAGAAUUCGUGAAAUUCAACUCUAAAGUUGUUACCUAUUAAUGCGUGGUUACCAAGAAUCUGAAUUCUCGUAAUGUCGUCAAUCAUGAUGGAUGAUAGUGGAAUAGACAGUGAUACUACAAAGCGUCAUAAAACUACUACCGAAGAAAAUGACAGAAACAGUGACGAGGACAGCAACACAAGUGAUUGUUCGAUGAGAGUUACAAAACCUUCUUUUUUUCAGAAAAAAUUGGAACAAUAUGCUAAACCUGGCUUGAUGGAGUACAACCAAAUGGCUGUACCAACCAGCAAAUCGUCCAAGAUAGAUAAAUUACCGGUGUUAGUAGAUUGGGAUUCAUCUGACAGUGAAAUGGAAAUACGUUUUUUUCCUGGACCAAAGGCUAGGCAAACAUUAAGCGAUACUUUCAGUCUACAAGAAUUUCAUGGAUCUAUAGAAUCUGAGGACUUAGAUUUGAUACCACCACAACAUACAACUAAAACGGAUAAUCAAUGUUGCAGUUUGGUUUUGCAGAGGUGUACAAUUCUUUGAGAUCUUUUAAUAAUUUUAAUUUACCCAACAUAACUUCCACAAAAAUAUAUGACAUACAUUUUAUAUAAAAUAAAUCAAACCUACCUACCAAUGAGUGUUGUGUUUACCAGCUAUAGUAAUAUUGACUGAUGUUAGAAGCUGCAAUGACCGAUGCUGAUAUCGUUUAUGAAUGUUUUAUUAAUGUGUUUUUUUCUGUUAUGUCAAUAAAUAUUGUUAUUUAUUU